AUGCCCAUCCACAGAUCAAUUUAUAGAAUCACGCCUCUGGAAGCGUCCACAGUUCAAAGUAUAACUAAUGAUAUUGAGCUUGAUGAUUUAUGGGUUGAUAUUGAAGGUGAUGCAGCUGUCAAUACACCAAAUGAAGAAAGUCCACCACCAGUCAUAACAGCAACAACAAAUCAAUGGAUCAUACUUCUUCAAAACAUAUUCAAGAGUCCUUUUGUUUAUCUAGAUAUAAUGAUAACUUUCUUACCAGGUAAAAUAGCUAAAUGGUUAGAUUUCCCAAAAUUGAAUGCUAAUUAUAAAUUGAAUGAAUUGUUAACAACAUGUAUCUUUGACAAAACAGAAUAUAAUGCCUUGGUGAAAUUUAAUGCUUCUUGGAGAUGGAAAUGGAUAUAUACUGAUAUUGCUACUGAUGUGUUAUCUCAUAUUGGUAUUUUUUCGUUUGUAUUGGCAUUGAUUUAUUCAAUGAUUAUUUAUUAUGUUGAUCAGGAUAGAUUUGAUGAAGUGAAAUAUAUAAAGGUUCAUACAAUGACGAAUCUUUACAUCAUAGUGUAUUUGUUGUUUAUGAUAACCUUGUUGACUAUUAUUCUGACUUUUUGA